AACCAUUGGAUCUAAGCAUAUAAGAAUUUUCAUGCAAACCCCAGGUGGAAGUAGUGGGAUUGGAGCUGAAACUGCAAGGGUUAUGGCCCUCAGAGGAGCACAUGUCAUCAUUGGAGCAAGGAACAUGGAAGCUGCCAAUGUGGUAAAGGAGAAUAUCCAACAGAGUAUUUCAUCUGCUAAAGUUGAUGUCUCGAAGCUUGAACUUAGCUCACAAAAGUCUGUCCGAGCCUUCGCAAACAGAUUCAUUGAAAGGAAUCUACCCCUCAACGUCUUGAUAAACAAUGCUGGCGUGAUGAACUGCCCUUAUAAACUCUCAGAAGAUGGUAUAAAGAUGCAAUUUGCUACAAAUCAUCUGGGUCACUUUUUGUUGACAAACCUUCUACUUGAGAAAAUGAAAACUACAGCAAAGGAGUCAGGAAUCGAAGGGCGUAUUGUGAAUCUAUCAUCUGUAGCUCACAUUGGGAUUUGAAAA